AUGGCGAUAGCAGUUCAGAGUAACAGUGUGAUAGUACAAUUCCUCAGUGAUAUACCUAUAGUAACAAGAUGCAUACUCUUUAUUCUGUUGCUUUGGUGUAUAAGCAGAUACACCCAAUUAACGCUUCUGAGCAUUGUUGUUUCGUGGUGGGAUUCUAGAUCACAUUCUUAUGAGUUUUGGAGGAUGUUUGGCCUAUUUAUGGUUGUACACUAUAACUCGUUGCAGACGGUACUUAUGUUGUUUUAUCAGGUAUACACCAAUUCCUGUAAUUUAGAACUGGACUAUUUUGUGGGAGAUUCGGUCAAUUAUUCGUUCUUCUUACUAUUCUGCAUGACUACUACAACGAUAUUGGCUUCGCUAUCUGUAGCGCUCUUUGAAUUUCGUAUUGCAACUCUAUUUCCUGCGUUUGAAGCUAUUUUAUUAUACACAUGGUCGGUUACCAACACUAACACAUCCGUUAACUACAUAAUUUUCUCUGUGCAGGGCAAGUACCUUCCCCUCAUCAACCUUCUGAUCCAUAUUCUCGACCACUCUCCGCAUGAGUUGUCUAUGAUGCUAUUUGGGUACACUUCGGCAUACAUCUACUGCUGUUUGGAUACCUGGACCUUUGGCCCGCUCUUCGGCUUCAUGACCAACAAGCCCAACUAUGGCUACCCAACGUUCAAGGAUAACCAUUUUAAAGGCAGACACCUCUUAAUGCGGCUCUUUGGUUCGGGUGCUAAAGCUCACCCCCCGGUGGCACAACCCCACAGAGGUGCCGCCAAGUCUACAACCAGUGCAACCAACUUCAAGGGCCAAGGUCGCCGUCUUCAUGACGGCAAAGCCAUCCCCCUCGCUCGCCGAAGCUUCUUGACACCAUCAACAGCCCCUCGCUGCGUCGAACUCAUCAGGUCCGCCUCCCAAUUCUCCUCCUCCAUCUCCCCAAACCGCCUCGUCAUCGUGGACUUCUUUGCAACAUGGUGUGGUCCUUGCAAAAUGCUCGCCCCAAUUUUGGAACAAUACGCCUCCCAACAUCCAAACGUCGAUUUCUACAAGCUCGACGUCGAUCACCUCAGCACCAUUGCCUCCACCUACUCGGUAACUUCCAUGCCCACGGUCAUCGUAUUCAAAAAGGGCACAGAGCUUGCCAGGAUAGUUGGUGUCAACCCCACGGCGAUCAAAAAAGCAAUCCAAUCCAAUUCAUAA